AUGUCUGGCCUCCGCUCGAUCAAGUCCCUCGUCCCCCUCCUGGACCGCGUGCUGGUGCAGCGCGCCAAGUCCGAGACCAAGACCGCCAGCGGCAUCUUCUUGCCCGAGUCGAGUGUCAAGGACCUCAACGAGGCGCACGUUCUGGCCGUCGGCCCCGGCAACCUCGACAAGGACGGCAAGCGGACGCCCAUGGGCGUUGCCGCCGGCGACAAGGUCCUGAUCCCGCAAUACGGCGGCAGCCCGAUCAAGGUGGGCGACGAGGAGUACCACCUGUUCCGCGACAGCGAGUAA